AUGGGGACUGUAACAGUCCAGGACAGCAUGUCUGGACACACACAUCGCCAUGCGACCAAGGCGAUUACGCAGACCACGUUUGCCGAGCCUGGGCUUGUCCACGGCAUCAACCCGGACCCAAAUACGACCCCCCCGAGAUACGCAAUGCGCGAAAUCCCUGGAAAAGGAAUGGGCCUGGUCGCGACAGCGCCCAUCCUCCGCGGCGACCUCAUCCUCGCCAACACGGCCUCCCUAAUGAUCGACUACCGCGCCUUCCACGAGCUCGCCAAACCGCGCUAUACGGCCCUCCAAGCCGCAGCCGUAUCCCACCUCCCACCCUCCCACCAGUCCCUGAUCCUCUCCCUCUCCGCCCAUAUUCCCGACACAUCCCACCUGACGCCCGCGGAGCUAAUCGACGCCAUCCUCGCCACCAACUCGUUCGACAUCGACCCGCACCCAGACGACCCGGCGGACCAGCACAACAGCUUCUUUGCCCUGUUCCCGGACGUCGCGCGGCUCAACCACGACUGCCGGCCCAACGCCGAAUAUAGGUUUGACUAUGACACGCUGGCGCAGCACGUUCAUGCCGCGAGGGAUAUCUGGCCUGGCGAGGAGAUCACGCUGUCGUAUAUUAACGGGUUGAUGGUUCGCUCCGAGCGGGUGGAUAGACUGAAAAAGAACUGGGGGUUUGAAUGUUCGAUUGGGAUGAUUUUGAGGUUGCGGGAGGAGUUGCGGGAUUGGAAAGGGCGGAGGACGGGGGAGGGGGAGGGGAGUAGGGCCUGUCCGGAGAUGGCGGAGCUACUGGUCAGUCUGCUUGAUAUGGAGCGGUUGUGGGGGGUUGUACAUGAGGCGUAUGCCCUUGCGGCGUUGGAGUAUAAUGCUGUUGGGGAGGCUUGGCUGGCUGUCAAGUAUGCGCGCUUGGCGGUUGAGUAUGGGACUCCGAUGUUGGGGGAGAAGGAUGAGGAUUUGAUGGAGUUAAGGAAGCUUGCCGAAAAUCCGUGGUCACAUUGGAGUUGGGAGAAAAGGCUGAAAGAAGGGACUGGGCGGGAAGGGGGUGACUCAACCUAUCCGUACAACGUGAUGGCCGCCGAAUCUAUCGACCCGGCAAAGGCCAUCGAAGCGAUUCGUGAAGCGCGGCCCCCAGCCACAGAUCGAUUUACCUACCUCACCAUCGUCGAAGCCAACCUCUGCCCCGAAGUGCUGCCAACGCUCAACGAGGUGCUGCAGGACGCCGAGCUCACACAGGAGAUAGGAUGGGACCUGGUGUACAACCUCGUCGGCCUGCCCGGCUCUGAGUCGUGCCUCGAGACAAUAGCGCGACUCGGCAAUCCCCGGGAGGUGAUCCUCAAGACCCUCGAGACGCUCGAACUGUUGGGUGAGGGCGAGGUGGAGGAUGGAGAGGAGGAGGAGGAGGAGGAUGGAGAGAAGGAGAAGGAGGAGGAGGCAAACAAGCCAGAACCGGUCGUGUCACCAACGCACAAAUUCAUCACCCUCCUCGGCAUGCUGGCCAUUCUGCACAAGCGCAUCAAGACGAAGUAUCCCAGCCGCUUCCUCGCUCAGACUCUACACACUGUCAUCUCAGCCUACCGCCCCAGUCAGGAGAGGACCGCGGCCGUCAUCAACCUGUUGCACAGCCUCUCCGGCCAACGCCGCCCUUCGCUGCCCGCCAGGCGAUCUACAGUUCGGGUGGCCAAUCCCGACGAAGAGGGCGACGCGUCGCGGAAUGCCGCCGACCCGGAAGCCGGCCCAGACGAGCGCGAGGAUCCCUCCGAGAGCGACCUGCAGCAGAAGCUGCUUCUGAGCUUUGCGACUUGCAUUCUGGAGGCAUACGCGAACGGGAACGAGAUGGCGUGGGCGGCACGGCUGCUCGAGUUCUACAACCCGGAGAAGAUGGUGCCUGGGAGGAGGACCUUGAUGGCGGCGUAUAGGGAGGAGCAGGAGCUCUCGGAGCGGGAUGCCAUUGUUGGGAAACUUGCGGCCCUCAUCGGCGACCUUGGGCUCGACUCUUGCUCAAAGCCAUUUACCCACCAGCUCUGCGAGGGCCCGAUGCACAGCACCCCCCUUGAAGAGCCAAAUCUGUCAAGCCCCGACAAGAUCGCCCUCUCGACCGGCGGCUGCGCGUGUGCAGCCGCCUAUAGGGUGUUCUCAUCGACAGUUUUCGACGCCAGUCAUCCCUCCCCAGAGAUGCACAUCUUCCCCGACCACUUUGCCGUGCUCGACAAGUUCCUCCAAGACGACGCCCACGGCCAAAUCCAAAAGUCCCCCGGCACCAUCGAGGCCCUCCUUACCAUCGGCCUCUGGUUGCUGUCCAACAACCUGCUCUCUCCGGACCCAUCCUCCCCGCUAGCCAACCCCACGUCCUCCCCGGAGGACCCCACCUCGGAUUUCAUGCGCUACAUCCACCUCACCACCCUCAUCGCGCUAUACCACCCGGCGCUGCAAGUCCGUAACGCCGCCAGCGUGCUGGCGGGACAGGUCCUGCAUGCCAACCCGGAGGUAGAAGACAGGUUGAGGAUUCUGGAGGACCUUCUCGAGAACUGCAUGUUCGCCUCGCUCAAGGCGCGAGCGGUCGCCUGGCUUAGGGAGGAACUCCUCGCUGCUGCUGCUGACAAACCACAAAAGGAGUCACCACCACAGCAACAGCAACAAGAACAACAGUUUACAAACCCCUUUGCGACAUCUCAGGCCCUUGAGACGGUGCAAUACGUCGUUUUCCCACCGCUAACCCCCCUCUUGGAUUUACCGACUAUCGACUUGGUCGAGUAUCUGGUUGCGAAUGUGCCAUUUCUGAUGCAAGCGGUGAACUUUGCGCUGUUUUUGUGGGACGCGGAAGAAGAAGAGGAGCAAGCCCACAGGAAGGGCCUUAAACCAAAGGAGGAAACGGCAGCAGGCAGAAAACGAGAGUCCAACAAGGAGAAAGAAGACCGCCUCCGGCGCUUCCGCAUCGCCAACGAGCACUUCAACACCAAAGGCCGCAUCUCCAAGCGCGACGGUCGGCUCAACAUCUCGCUGAGAGACACGAGUAACACGGGCUACCUUGCCAAGGCACUCGGCACGGCGGCACGCAAGAUGGUGCCCCUGUCCAAAACCGCCGACGCCGAAGAACAAGAAGACGACAAAGCCUACCAGCGAGAAGCAGCAGCAGAGCGAUCUCCCCAACGACCAUCCCCCUCCUCCCUUGAGCCAAAACCAAAACCAACGUCCCCGAUCUCCUACCCCGUCCCACCUCUCACCACCACCACCACCACCGCUCCACCCAAACCUUCCCUCCCGCCCCCGCGCCUUAACAUCGUAAUAAUGAUAAUCGGCUCCCGCGGCGAUCUGCAACCCUUCCUCAAGAUCGCCGCCCAGCUGCACACAACCUACCAUCACCGUGUGCGCAUCGCAACCCACCCUGCCUUUGAGUCCAUCGUCUCCCAAACCUGCCCGGGCGUCGAGUUUUUUUCCGUCGGGGGCGACCCCUCCGAGCUCAUGUCCUUCAUGGUGAAGAACCCGGGCAUGAUCCCUACUUUGUCCUCGGUCAAAGCGGGCGAUAUGUUUGAGGGGUUUUGGAGGGCGUGUGAGGGAGGGAAGGAAAAAGAAAAGGGUGGACCGUUCGUCGCGGACGCCAUCAUCGCCAACCCGCCCUGCUUCGCGCACAUCCACUGCGCCGAGGCGCUAGGCGUCCCGCUGCAUCUGAUGUUCACAUUCCCCUAUACCCCCACGCAGGCGUUCCCGCACCCGCUGGCGCGGAUCAAGAGGUCGAAUGUGGAGGAGGGGUACACAAACUGGAUCUCGUACCCGCUCGUCGAAAUGAUGGUGUGGCAGGGGCUGGGGGACCUGGUGAAUGAGUUCCGUGUCAAGACGCUGGGGCUGGAUCCCGUGUCGACACUGUGGGCGCCCGGGUCGACCUACCGGCUGCAUGUGCCGUUUACGUACCUCUGGAGUCCCGGGUUGAUCGACGUGGCGGGGUUUGUAUUUGAGCUGGUAAAGUUCCUGGAAGAGGGGGAUGAGCCGCCCGUGUACAUUGGGUUUGGGUCGAUUGUGGCGGUCAAGAUGGCGGGGGUGCGGGCCCUGGAUGUUCCUCCCGAAGUGUACCUUCUGGACAACACGCCGCACGACUGGCUGUUUCCCAAGGUCAGGGCGUGUGUGAUCCAUGGAGGAGCGGGCACUGUGGCGGCGGCGCUCAAGUGCGGCAAGCCGACCAUGAUCGUGCCCUUCUUUGGAGACCAGCACUUCUGGGGAUCCAUGGUCGGGAAUGCGGGCGCCGGGCCGGAGGCGGUGCCGUACAAGAGCUUGACGGUGGAGAAACUGGCCGAUGGGAUCAAAUACUGCAUCACGGACAAGGCGAGGAGGGAGGCGGAGAGGAUCGCAAGAGACAUCGAGAAGGAGGGCGACGGAGCGGAGAAAGCGUGCCAGGCGUUCCAUCGACAUCUGGCACUACAGGGCCGCGGAUCGAUGCGGUGCCCCAUCUUGCCAGACAGGGUUGCGGUCUGGCAGACGAAGAUCACUGGGUUGCGGUUGAGCACACUGGCAACCGAGAUACUGGUGUCGAAGGGGCUUUGGAACGAUUUCGAGGGCCCUGGUGAACCUUUGACUGGCGUGGCUGGGGCACUGAUGACCUCCGUGGGGAAGAUCUUUGGGGGCUUCGGAGGUGAGAGGCGGGAGAAAAAGAAGCGGAGGGGAGAGAACAAGAAGGGCGAAGGCGACUCAAAGGAGUCGAAACCCGACGGCCCAGCUCAUCACCCCGACAACGACCAGAACGUCCCGCCUGCUGAUUCAACAGCCGACGGCAUGCAUCGCCGCGAUGCUGCUUCGACAAUGGAACCAAAUCUGGCCGAAGAUGUGUCGGGGAAGGCACUCGUGAAGACACCAGUUGACCUGGCUCUCGCGCUUGCCCAAGGGUUUCACAACGCGGGAAGGCUUUACGGUGACAAAACCGUGCGCCGGCCGACGCGGAUAACGGGAAUUCGAUCGGGGCUGCGCGCUGCGCGUCGCGAGUUCAUCUACGGGAUAUACGACGGGUGGACCGGUGUCGACGGGGCUUGCGGAUUCAUCUCGGGAGUUGGCAUGGGACUCACCGGAUUCAUCUUGAAGAACCUCGCUGCGCUCAUAGGGCCGGAGACGGAAUCGAGACCGCGGCCGGUGAAGUUUAUCAGACGGGUACGGGUUCUGCAGGGGCAACGGGAGUUGAGCACUUUGACUGAAGAUGAGCGGGCCGAGACAGUAAAGGAGGUUAAACUGAAGCGGGCGGAGAAAAAGCAGGGGAAGGGUGUGAAGGAGAGUUUGCACAGGAGCGCAAGAAGGUUGAGGGAGAGCUCGGAGUGGGAUAUUGUGUUUGAGAACGUGGAAGUUGCGCAACGAGCGAUCGAAGCGCUGAAGCGAGGAGAAGGACUGGAGAGGAUACUGGAGAUGGGCGAGGCCGAUGCCGCCUGGGGGAAAGAGGAAAGCACCGACGACAAAGCGAUCCGGGUCUGCACAUAA